GAAGCGCAACCCUGUUUCAUGAGGGAAGAUGUGUCGUCGCGGCCAACAGUUUAUCUCCCAGAUCGCUUUCCAUUCCUUUGUGUCCGCUGUGCCUCGGGAGUAUUUUCGUUUUACGAGACAAUACAAUAAAGGUUGGUCGUGUAUUGGCUGAUUUUUGGUGAAAUUUUUCUACUUUCUGCACGGAAACAUGCCGAGGGCCAAGAAGAAGAACAGCCGCGGAGGGCAGCACGGAGGCGUGCAGCCUUUCAGCGAUGAGGACGCCUCAGUGGAGACCCUCAGCCACUGCAGCAGCUUCAGUGAUGUCACGAGUGUGGUGGACGAAGGUGGCGACGUAAAUGAGGACGCAGCUCUGGAAGACUAUCAGUUCAAGCUGAAGGGUUUCAUCGACAGCACGGUGGACAAGAGCGCAAAAACCAGACAGGGGGCACUUGACGGUCUGAAGACGGCGAUGGCCACACGAAUCCUGUACGAGUUCAUUUCCGAAAGAAGGAUGACUAUCACAGACAGCAUCGAGCGCUGCCUGAAGAAAGGUAAAGGAGAAGAGCAGCGGGCUGCGGCAUCUCUGGCCUGUCUGCUCUGCAUCCAGCUGGGCUCGGGCCUCGAGAGCGAGGAGGUGCUGAAGACCCUCAAACCUAUUUUCAAGAACAUCCUGGCAGAUGGGUCCGCCAACGUUCAGGCUCGCCAGGCGGUGGCGACCAGUCUGGGUCUGUGCACACUGGUGGCAGAAGAUGACAUCUUUGACGUGUAUGCCACGAUGGAGUGCUUUGAGAGUCUGUUCACGCACUCGUAUGCACGAGCGGACGGUUCCUCUCCCACCGUGAGUCUCCCAACUAGCCAACUACACACCAACGCGCUGCUGUCGUGGGCUCUGCUGCUGACCAUCUGCAGCGCCAGCCAGCUACAGGACAUCCUUAGCAGACAUCUGCCCAAGUUGCCAAGUUUGUUGGAGAGUGAGGAUGUCAACAUGAGAAUCGCUGCAGGAGAAACCAUUGCGCUGCUCUUCGAGCUUGCGAGAGACCUGGACUCUGAGUUUGAGUUUGAGGACUGGGACCAACUCUGCGACAAGCUGAACGCUCUUGCCACUGACUGCAACAAACACAGAGCAAAGACGGACAAGAAGAAGCAGCGGUCCGUGUUCCGCGAUGUCCUGAGAGCUGUAGAGAGUGGAGACUUCCAGUGUGAGAACAUUCGGUUUGGGACGGAGCGCAUGACCAUCGACAGCUGGCAAAGGAAGAGGACGUAUGAUGCCUUCAGGGAGUUUGUGGGUGCAGGGAUGAACUACCACCUGCAGGCUAACGACUUCAUCCGAGACGUGUUCGAACUGGGGCCCCCCAUCCUGGUGGACUCGGCCACCAUGAAAGCCAUGAAGAUCUCUCGCUUUGAACGGCAUCUCCACAACUCUGCCGCCUUCAAGGCUCGGACCAAGGCCCGCAGCAAGUUCCGAGACAAGCGGGUGGAUGUGGGAGAGUUCUAGUCUUCGUCCGUUUUCCAAACAUGUUUUUGUAUUUAUCAUUCCGCCCUGUACCAGCCCGUCCUAUCAUACUCUCUGGAAUAUUGAGUUUAAUUUAAAUGUCUUUGUGUUAAACAUGAACUUUUGUAAAUAUGAAAGUGCAGUUGACCAGUGGGUGGUUAGAUCCCUGCGUAGGACCUUUUAUGCGUAUUGAUGAACCGAUAUCCCUUAGACUCUCUCAAAGAAAUGUUGGUGAGUAUGAUGUCUUGAUGUGUUUAGUGUAAUAACCUGAAUAAACGCUGAAAAGUACUGUUCAUUUGA